AUGUUACAUAUGCUUACUCCUUCUCCUCUUCGUUUCCUGCCCCUCUUCGCCUUUGAUUUUCGACUUUGCCUGCGGCACGGUUUACAUCUCCUGAACUUCCGUUUCUUCGACUUUUCCUUCCCACCGCAUGCACGCACUUCUUCCGUCUUCUGCCCAUCUUCACCUUUGAACUGUUUCAUGGCCUUCUCAUCUACAUCGUCACUACAUUCACCUCGUCGUGUCUUUUACUCAUUUUACUCGUUCCAACGCAACAUGAAGGCCAUUGAUGAUUUUCGUUUGUUUAGCAACCCUCGCCUCCCAACUCCAGCUGUGCCUUGCUCGGCGCCUCCUGCCCCAAGGUCUCAGUGA